AUGGCAUACUCGAAUGCCGGACGCCGAAGGACACCCGGCAAGGACAAAUAUUUGCCAGUCAGUCCGGUUCGGGACUGCGAUAUGAUUUACUGCAGCCGGCCGCUCGCAGCUAAAGCUAAGCAGUUGCUUCUACCCAUUUCUUCUUUUCUCAUUUUGCAGUGUCUGAUCCUAACGCUGGCCAAGGCAACACACAAAGAUAACCGAGGUGGCUCCAAUGAAACCCUAAGCACUUGGUCACCGUCGGGUGCGGAUCUCGAGGAUGAAGACGACGAGGAAGUACAGAAACGAGCAAAAGCGCAAGGUUGGUCAUCCUGGACGGAGUGGUCAACCUGUUCGCGUUCGUGCGAUGGUGGCGUAGCGUACCAGCUGCGUCGAUGCCACGCGCCCCACGGCUGCAAAGGUGACGCUGUGCGGUACAAAAUCUGCAACAUGCAGCCCUGCCCGGAGCAGCAGGAUUUCCGUGCCCACCAGUGUUCGGCGUACGACGACGUGCCCUACGAUGGAGCCCUGCUAAAGUGGACCCCACACUACGACUACUCCGAACCGUGUGCCCUCACCUGCCGAGGUCGGCCACAGCACCUGCUCGAGGAUAUGCCCGAUUCGGCCGGGACCGGCGAAUCCUUCCCCAUCAGCGACGACGAACCGAGCGUCAUCGUGCAGCUCUCCAAUCGAGUGCAGGACGGCACCAGAUGUCGCCCGGGCAGUCUCGACAUGUGCAUCCAGGGAAAGUGUCAGCGCGUCGGGUGUGACCUCAAGAUUGGUUCGACCAAGAAGAUCGACGUGUGUGGUGUGUGCGGUGGCGAUGGCACCUCCUGCACGCAACCACUCUACCAGUGGGAAAUAGCACCGAUGUCACUCUGCUCCGUGACCUGUGGAGGCGGUUACAAGAUGGCCAUGCCGACCUGCCGGAAUCGAGUGACCGGGGUGGACGUGGAGGAGUCCCUCUGCAAUGCCUCCUCCCGACCCGAACCUACCGUCGUUCAGUGCAACACCCAUCUCUGUCCUCCGAAAUGGGUGAUGGAUGACUGGCGGUCCUGUUCGAAGCCCUGCGGUGGUGGUAUCCGCGAACGAGUGGUGGCGUGCGCGGAGGAGAGCAAUGGCGCCAAGAACAAGGUCCCGGACGAGGCUUGUCGAGGGGUGCGACCGAAAAACCAGGAACCCUGCAACGUCCAGGAGUGCCCGAAAUGGAUCGUCGGCGAAUGGAGUGGGUGCUCGGUGUCCUGUGGCGGUGGUAUUCAGGUGCGCAGCGUCGAGUGCAUGGACACGAAUGGUCAUUACAGUGCGCAGUGUGAACCGGGAGCAAAACCCGUCACUGGCCAACCCUGUACCACCGGAAUCAUCUGUAACGCGGGCUCAGUAUCAUCGUUGGCCAGCGCAACGACUGGCUCAACUGGAGGAACGACGGUGCCGGUCUCGUCGAACGCAGGCAUUAUUGCCGUACCACCUUCAUCUGCCUCCGAUUACGAUGCUGCGAUGACGCUGGGUGGUGGUGAUGGUGAAAACGAACGAGCCAGCAUCGCCGCCAUGAUGAAGGAGAAAGCCGCGAUGCACCACGACCGCGAUCCGACGCUGAUGACGUACAACGAUCAGCCGUACUACGCGCAACCACUGCGCCAGGAUCGGCUGCCUAAGGCGGAGAAAAUCGUUUCCCAGCGGGUGCCAAGUGAAGCCACCUUCAUUCAGGACACCGAAUGGUCACCGUGCAGCGUGACGUGCGGCGAGGGCAUCCGCCGGAAGCCGUUCCGGUGCAAGAUUUUUCUCGAAUUUUCCAAACGCGUCGCGGUGCUGAACGAUUCACUCUGCCACGCCUACAAACCGCUGGACGAGGUGGAACGUUGCGUCAUGGAACCGUGCUCGUACUCGCACAAUUUCGAGGAGCCCUAUCUCAAGGAUGGGAGUCGGCAGAGUCUAGAAAGCAUUAAGGUGCAUGCGGCCGUCCCAGGAAAGACGUACUCGUGGCGCGAAGAAGGCUACACCAGCUGCAGUGCGUCGUGUUUGGGUGGUGUCGAGGAGCUGAUCAUUAACUGCGUGCGAGAUGAUACGGGCAAGAUCGUGUCACCGUUCCUGUGCUCACCGGAGACGAAACCGGAAGCGCGUAUUCGCACCUGCAACGAUAUUCCGUGUCCACCGCGCUGGAACUACUCCGAAUUCACGCCCUGCUCGAAGUCGUGUGGUUUUGGCAUACAAACGCGCGAGGUCACGUGCAUCCAUGAGGUGACGCGUGGUGGCGAGAACACGAUGAUCGUCCCGAACAGCAUGUGUACGACGAAACCGCAGCCAGAUCGACAGUACUGCAACAUCAUCGAUUGCCCCGUCCGGUGGGAGGUAUCCGAGUGGAGCAAGUGUUCAAAGUCCUGCGGUGGUGGAUUCAAGGAACGGCGUGUCGAAUGCAAGCAGAUCAUGGCACAAGAGCACAAAGUCGAGCGACCAGCUUCGAUGUGUCCGAGUAGCAAGCCUCCAGAUAAGAAACCAUGUAAUGCGAAAGCAUGCGCUCCCGAAGACCAGCGGCCACCGAUCGCUGGCACGAACUCCACCUUCAUCCAGCACGACCCGAAGAAGAACAAGAUCACGCUCAAGAUCGGUGGUGCGGCGACCGUUUUCUAUGGCACGCAGGUCAAGAUCAAGUGCCCAGUGAAGCGCUUCAAUCGUACGAAGAUCCGCUGGACGAAGGACCAACAACCGCUGCUGAAGACGAAGAAGAUCAAGAUGUCGAAGAAGGGAGCACUGCGUGUGUUGGACGUGACGUUCCGGGAAGCUGGAAUCUACACGUGCCAUGCUGGGUUGAGCCACGCAGACCUUAAGCUGGCGGUGAAAGCACGUCCGGGCGGUGAUAAUCAACCGAAUGAGGAGCACGAUCGGCAUCGAGGCGCGGAUCCAAAUGCGCUGUUAGCGAACACGUACGCGAUGGGGAAUGGGAACGAGGACGAAAAAAGCGGCCGCAAAAACCGAGAUCGAAAUCGAGGGAGAAAUCGACAACGACAGCAACAGGACACGCUGCUAACCGAGCACGGCGACGGAACGGAUGACGAGCCCAUACGGUCACACUCGCAAAUGACCGUUUCCGGUGGUGCGGUGCCGUCCGAUGCGACGGCCGCAGCCAGCUCCGGUACCCGCGCGAUGCCGAUGCCCCACUUUCAGCAUCUUCUGGCCGGCCUACAGCUUCUUUGGCCGUUUCAGACAUUUGGCGGCGGGAAGCACUACGCCCACCAUCAGCAGUACCUUGACGAGCGUGGGUAUGACCCGUACGAUGGGUCGAUCGGUCGUGGAGAUCCGGAAGAGGAACCACCUCGACCGCUGAACGUGUACCAGCUGUUAAAAUCGCGCCACACCAGCGACUCCGUGGAUGAACCGAUGAGUCAUGACGGUCAGGCGACCGAGGGUUACGAGUUUGAGUGGAUGACUACACCGUGGUCCGAGUGUUCGCAGACUUGUGGUGCUAAUGGAGGUGGCUAUAAGCUCCGUUCCGCCCACUGCAUGCUGCGGAUGAGUAAUGCAAGCCGCACGGUCGACAACAGCUUCUGCGAGGACGCUGGUCUGCCGAUACCGGAAACAGUCGACAAAUGCGGCAACAUUGACUGCCCGCGUUGGGUCACGACCGACUGGACCGGGUGCCAGCAGUCCAAGUGCUUCUCGUGGCACACUGCGCUCCAGCGACGCGACGUCUUCUGCCAGUAUGAUGGCGAUCGGAGUGACGAGAAGGUGUGCGAGGACCAGGAAAAACCCGUCACCAAGCAGGAAUGCUACAACGAGCUGUGUAAGGGCGUUUGGCGCGUCGAACCGUGGUCGGACUGCAAUGCGGCCUGCGAAGGUCAAGGCAUCAAGUACAGGAUACUGCAGUGCGUUUGGUACGGGACAAAGAAAGCGGCCGGAAGUGCGUGCCGCGAGCUUCCGCGACCAGCGGUUAUGAAAGUUUGUAAAGGACCACCAUGCAUUUCGAACUUGUCGGAAUGUAAAGACUUGUCGAGGUACUGUAAAAAUGUAAAAAGCAUGGGCCUUUGUAGACUGCACCGUUACCAGCAACAGUGUUGCAAGACUUGUAGGUUUAACAUUUACAACUAA